UUACUGAAAGCAACAAUCAACAAUGCGUUUCCUGCUAGUCUUGGCCUGCCUGGUGGCCGCCUGUGCCGCCGGCACUCUGCCCAACCGCGUCGAGCAGCGUCUGAUGGAGCUGGCGGAUCAGAAUGGCGACAUUGAUCUGUUUGUGGAGCCCGAAGAGGGAGCCGUCGAAGUUGCGCCGCAGUUCAUUGUGUCCUGGCAGGCACGUCGCUUCAUCCGCAAGCUCCAGAAGCAGAUGGAGUGCGGAUGGCCCCAGUACGGCAUUCCCGUGCUGGCUCCUCUUCGCAUCAACGAAUUCGACCUGGACUUCAAGAAGGGCAUCUUCGAGACUCUGAACCACGUUUUCCACCUUAAGGUCGCCGGUCUGGAUGACUUCAAGAUCCAGAAGUUCAAGCUGAACGUGAUUACCAGCAAGGUGACCUUCGACUUCUUGUUCAACAACAUUGACACCACCGCCCAGAAGUACAGCACUGAUACUUUGAUCGAUGCCCUGCGCCAGUUGGGUCUGUCUGUGGAGUACGAGGGAUCCGGCGAUUUGCUGUUCGACCUGGUGAACCUUCGCAUCGCCGGCACCCUGAAGUACAAGCUCCCCAUGCUGUGGGGCUCCGCCAAGAUCACCUCGCUCAAGACCACCAUCUCGCUGGGGUCCGUGGAGUCGGACAUCAGUGGAUUCAUGGGCAAUGGCAAGGUUAACCGCGCCAUCAACCGCCAGCUGGAGAACAUCGUGGUGAAGGCCAUCAAUGACAACCAGCAGGCCAUUUCCGACACCAUUGAGGACACCAUUGUGCCGCGCGUGAACAAGAUGCUGAAGGGCAAUGACUUCUGGACUCUCGUUGACCUGAUCCUGUCCAGCAGCGAUGGCGAGAAAGAGGAUGAUCCCAUUGUGGUCGACUGCGAUCCCGCAGCCGAUCCCUGGGCUUAGAUUCAGCAGUUGUCAUAAUAAUAAACACUUGUCGAUACAUUGAA